AUGCCCAUCACUCGCCACCAGCUCAUUAAGAAUUCUCGACAGCUUCGCUCCGGCCGCUUCACCGCCAGGGACAUAAGCAAAGCAUCGCAAUUAUGGCGUGUUUGCAAAUCGUCUUCAUUGUCAUCGCCAACGUCGAAACGAUCUGAGAACGCGAGUCCGUCUGGUCGGACUCGACAAAGCAACCCGCAUGAUCGGGUUUCCGGUAACCACGCCCGAGGAUGGGUAGCCCCCACGAGUGUUUUGCCAGAGCAUGGAGACGUCAGUGACGGCAUUAAUGAAGCAGAGGAAGGAAACGACGGACAUCGCGGCCCUGGCUUAUCUCGGUGUGGCUCAAAUCCGCUGGCCCCAGACCUCUCAAUGUUGUUGCCAUCGACGCUUCACCCAUCCAACACGGAUGCGGAAGAAGACAGCCCGAGUUCCACAAUCCAUGGACAAGAAAUUCAGGGUGAGGCUCUCUACGUCGAAGGGGAGAGUUCCCUUCCUCAUCUCGAGGAUGUGGGACUUCCUCGGGAUGGGGUCUGGGACCACGACGCGGCCUACGACUGCAGGUUUUGUUUCGACCACGGCGAAACCGAGUACCUUCUUGGGACGGCGGAUCGGUGGAUGCCUUCUAGCGACUUUGACGUCCCGGAAGCCGAAGCCGCAUUGGAGGCUAUGCUUAAAAAGCAUAAGGACGAUCCUUCCGAGUUCCAACCGCAUUCACGACGUUGUCAAGCAGAAUGCUGGGGCAUUCUAUACUCACAUAUAUAUAGCGUCCUCGAUAAACGGGAAGACAGUGAUAGAGUCUUAUACCUGGUACGGUGGAAAGCUUGCUGGACUCCGGAGAGUCAUAUUGUCGAGAAAGAUUGGAUUGCGGCAUCACUGGAGGCGAACAAGAAUUGGCAUUGCCGACGGAGCACACGGUUAAGGGGUUCAUUUAAUGACAGGAAGAAGAAGUAA